AUGCUAGUCGGUGCCCUAUGCCCCAUUGGAAGUAACAGGAAACAAACUCAUUAUCCAUAUUCAAUUCAUACACAUUAUACAAUACAAGAAACGAAUAGAAAAUAUAAUGAAGAACCAAUAAUGGAACAAGUGAAAAUCAUUAAAUAUCAUGGUAAUAUAUAUAGAAAAGUAAUAGGUUUAAAAUUAUCAUUUUAUGAAGCUGAAAAUUAUUGUCAUCAAAUUUUUUCACCAGAAUCACAUUUAACAUCUAUACAAUCAGAUGAUGAAUGGGCGAUGUUAUCAAAAUGUUUUGGUGAUACCAGUUUAACUAAAAUAUGGCUAGGAGGGACUGCAGACCUCAUGAAUCAUCAGUAUGUCGUUUUGCGAUGGUUAGAUCGAACAGCUUUCAAUUACCGUCGGUUCCCAGAUACAGAUGGGGGCCACUGGCAGAAAAUCCUGAAUAAGCACCAGGGUUGUAUUGUUGGUAACUUGAAAAACAAUGGUCAGGGAGAAUGGGACAUUCAAGCUAUGCGAUGUGAUGAACCGAAAGAGUUCAUUUGCAAAGAAACAAACUUAGAUCACCAAAAUAAACCAUGGGAUACUGAAAAUUCAAGACGUGGUUAUAUACCUCAAGAAACAUCAUUUAAUCGCUAUAAUCAACCCCCAUUCGGUAUUCUUUCAUUGCAUGGAAAUAUGUAUAAACCGAAAAUACCAACAGGUCCGAAAAAGUCAAUAAUUGCUCACGUAUCCAAUGUACAGACAGCAAUACCGACAACAGAUAGCACAGAACAACAAGUGAACCCAGUCCCAUUAGUUCAGCAAAAAAUCAAUAACACCACAAUCACGAGGGUCAAUAGUAGUGAACCCAAGUAUUACGUAAUGUCAACAAAAAUACCAAAAAACAUGACUGAACCACAAGCAAGUACAGUAAGUACAUUAGAAAAUAAGAAGGUAAAAUUCGUUAUAAUUAAAUCAAAUGGACCGAAAACAAGUCCCGAAGAAAAUAAUAAUGAUAAAAAUCAAGAUCAAAGUAAAGAACAAAGUUCAGAAAAACAAUCUGGGCCAGUUACAAUUUAUCUUCAAGGUGUUUCUGUUCCAGAAAACUAG